AUGGCCCGGUACGGAUUCACCGCAUUAUCCCUAGCAGUUUUGCUGGCUUUAUUCGAAAUCGGAUCCUGUCUGAGAUGUUACCAAUGUAACUCUGAACAAGACCCAGCUUGCGGUGACCCCUUCAAGGGCUCAAAGCAUGUAGUGGACUGCAUGUCUCAAGACUCGAUAAACUACAACACCCUCUACCUGCGCAGUAUCCUCCCUGCUGAAGUCUUCAGCAGUGUGGUUGGAGCACCCAGAUAUUGCCACAAGAUUGUGAUGCAAACCGGUGCCGUUGUCCGUACAUGCUUGGAUGCUAACCCAGCCGACAUCAACCACACUUGUCGCUCCAUGGAGAGCUCCAAGAUGAACACUGCUGACCCCAGCAAGAAGAUCAAGUACUGCAGCGUGUGUGACAAGGAUACCUGCAAUGCAGCCACAUCUAUGUCCUUCUCCCUCCCACUCGCCACUCUAGCUCUCAUCGCUACAUAUUUGUUCUGCAAGCAAUAA